ACCAACAGGGGGGCAGAAAGUGCAUGCCCGGGUCAGUGUGGCUGAUACGAAGCAUUGAGAAGUGAGAGCGCCAGGCGGGUGUGUACACACGACCAAGUGCACGAGGAGGCCGGGGUCCUGCGCCUGGCAGAUAGCGGGUGCGUUUCGAUUGAAGUCAGUGCUUCUUUUUGAUGGCGUCUUCUGUGCUUGCGUGGCCGCGCCCUUCUACAUGACUCAGGAAAUAUUUCUGAAGUGCACGGCAAGCCCCGGGCUGGAACGGCGUAAAACCUACUGUGUCGACUUGACGUGACUUUAACCUGCGGGUUGCUUCUUAUCCUCGGGGUCUCUGGCAGCAAAACCAGCUUUGAGGAUCCUGCGGGCGUCCUAAACGCACUCCUCCACACAACCUGCGCUAUCAGAAUUGAGUGACGAAGACAGCAGGAGAUGAAUAGAGAGCCUCAUUGGGCAUAGUGUGGCACGGGACAGGACCAGAGCAGGUUUAAGAAGGCUCGCAUCAUGCCAACCGGGCAGCAUUUACAAUUACAUAGAUCUAUGGAAGCUGAAGCAUUAACAAGAACUGCUGGUGUGAGAAUAUUGUGACCACCUCACUGGAUGAGCCACACGGGAGCCGCUUUUCUGGGUUCCCAAAGAAGCAGGCGUUCAUUCACUUUUGCAGAUGCGCUACGCCACGAAUCCUAGUUUGUCCUCGUAGUCUGUAAAAUAAGAACAGUCGUCCAAAGCUUCUGCCGACUGAUGGGUGUGAAUUGCGCGUCUUGCCCUGCACGUGAAGACUGAGGACGCCCGCAGAGGAUCCUGCUCUACGACACAUGUGAUCGGGCGCAAGUUUGUGGGGACGGCCUCCAAGUGGGAAAUGAUUCCUCAUGAAGUCCCUGGAUGGCUUUCUGACCGCCGAUGCGAGUUCCCCUCCACUAGACUGAGGUCUGCGCCAGUCCGACGCUGAAGACAUCGAGCCAACGGCUGGGAGGACCACUUCUGCGGAGGAAGAACCGACGACAAACAAUGAAGUCCAAUCAGGAGCGAAGCAAUGAGUGUCUGCCGCCGAAAAAGCGUGAGAUACCCCCGAGCAACCUGCCAUCAGAUGAGAAGCCGGUGUUGGUGGCCCCCGCUACCGAGAGCCAGCGGGGGGAAAAUCUCGCUUGGCUCGCCAGCGUAGCCAGUGGGCAGGACGGCACGGGCAGUGCAAGGCAAGGCGGGACGGGGAGCUCGGUCGAGGCCGGACUGCCGCAAGAUGCAGACUUGUACAAAGCACCUCCCACCACCGGGGAGUUUUCCUCCUCUUCUUCUUCCUCCUCCUCCUCCUCUGCCAGAGCUUCUAGACCCGGGCCCACCAUCACGACAAUCUCUACCGUGUACCCAUCGGCCUUGUCUCAGUCGGUGCAGUACGCUCAGCUACCACACACCUUCCAGUUCAUCAGCCCACCCAACGCCGGACCCUACGCCAGCUACAUCCCCUCUCAGCUCAUCUCUCCCUCCUCCACGACGGCCGCCACCUCCCCGUCCCAGCGCUCUCAGCUGGAGGCCUACACGGCCGCCGUAAUCUCUCAAGCCCAGGCCUCCAAAGCCGAGCAUCACCUUCAUCACCAAGCGCACCACGUCGUCCGGCCGCCUGGACUGGUUGCAGCUGGGACGCCGCCGCCCCCCCCUAGCCAGUACGUGCAAAUCGCGGGCUCACCUUCGGCGGUCAGCAGGGCCGUCUCGUCCCCUCCAGCUCACAUCCCUUUGCACAUUCACUCUCACUCGGCUGUCAUCCCUCAGGCCCUCGCCCUCGGUGGGCCCUCUCAGGUGGUUGUCCAUUAUAGUGACGGACACGUGGCGACAGCCCCCUCGAAAAAGCACCCGGAGGAAGGGCGGACGCGCGAGGUGCUCAACGGCGAGAUGGAGAAGGGGAGACACUAUGGUCUGUCCCAGGAACUUACUGGCGGCAAGCCCGGAGCGGGAGCCAAAGGCAGCGCCCUCUUACAUCAUCACCAUCAUCAUCAUCACCACCACCACCAGCAGCAGCAGCAGCAGCACCGCCACUUCGAGGCUCGGCACGUGAUGCUCCCAGCGGAAUACAAUGCACAGGAAAACUCAGGCAUUCGGACGUCACUCAUGCUUGUGCCCAACAGCCACUCUUCCAGCAGCACUGACUUGGAGACCACCAGGGAGCAUUCACCCUCUUUGGCUGCCCACGAGAAAGCUGGCUUAGGCCAGGGGAAGCCGAGCUUGAGACCAUCCUACGCCCUCUCGUCCUCCCAACUCAGCUCAGAUGGAUUAAAGGCGACGGUGGCGACGCUUUCUCCGCACACCGUCAUCCAGACCACCCAUAAUGCCACAGAGCAGCUCUCCAUGGGACUACCUGCCACCUCCUUUUACCCUGCCGCCUCCCAACAGCCGAUCAUUGGCUACAUCACGAGCAGCGGCACACAGCCGCCGCAGCAGGCCAUCGGUUUCCACCCACAGCACUUAGUAAUCCCUGGGAACUCUCCGCUGAUCAUCCCAGUCGGUGGUGGCGGUAGUGGGGAGGUAGAAGGUGGGCCAACUAUUGUGACCUCAUCGCAACCAUUUGUACCCGCUGCAAUCACGAAGAGCGAGCCCUUUGCCGUCACCGAGCCCCUGCCUAGUCAACCUUCUGCCUCGUACCACGCUACAGUGAUGCAAGCCCAGAUCCACCUCCCUGUAGUGCAGCCCAUAGCUAACACAAGCCCCGCGGGCACUCUGCCCCCUGCUGUGCCCACGCCCACCCUGCCCCCUUACUUCAUGAAGGGCUCCAUCAUCCAGCUGGCUGACGGCGAACUGAAGAAAGUUGAGGAUCUGAAAACGGAAGACUUCAUUCAGAGCGCCGAGAUCAGCAACGACCUGAAGAUCGACUCCAGCACCGUGGAACGGAUCGAAGGCAGCCAGAACGCCAGCUUCGCCAUCAUCCAGUUUGCCGUCGGAGAGCACAGAGCUCAGGUCAGUGUGGAAGUGUUGGUCGAGUACCCUUUUUUCGUUUUUGGACAAGGUUGGUCAUCUUGCUGCCCGGAGAGAACGACCCAACUCUUUGACCUUCCCUGCACCAAGCUCUCGGUAGGAGACGUCUGUAUUUCCCUCACCCUGAAAAACCUGAAAAACGGCUCUUUAAAAAAGGGCCAGCCUGUGGAUCCCAGCAGCAGCAUCCUGCUGAAAGCCCCAAAGAAUGACAGCCUCUAUGGCAGCAGAGGACGGUACACGGAGCAGGAGAAUGGGAUUGGCCAGCGCGGAGCGGGAGGCGGAGCCGGAGGUGGAGGCGGAGGAAGCGUCCCGGCCAGCGCGAUGGGCACACAGACACGCGCAGAAAACGGUGAACUGAAGUUUCAAGACAAAACACCGCUGCCCGUCACGUGCAAACCACUGGUGACGAAAACAGACGCUGCUGGUGGCAAACCAACAGCCAGGAAACGCAGGUGGUCUGCCCCGGAAAGUCGAAAGGUGGAGAAAUCCGAAGAGGAGCCUCCUUUGACUCUUCCUAAACCCACUUUUAUUCCUCAGGAGGUAAAGCUUUGCAUUGAAGGCCGGUCGAAUCUAGGCAAGUAGAGGUUGAUGGGGACAGGAUGACAAUGACAACAAAAAAAAAAAUUAUCCCUCAUCAUGUUUUUUUUUCUUUUUUUUUUGUUCUAUCCUGAUUACUGUACUGUAGGCUAAAUAAUCCAGUAUUUACAUGUUUAUCAUCUUAUGUUAGGUUUAUGUUAUAACAUUGUAAUAGCUGCAUCUGGUAUUAAGCAAGCAAUUGGUGCAUAAGUUUCAUUCUACAAAUCACGGCAUCGACAGAGUGGGCCGCUAUGAGUUAUCGUCAAUAUAUUAACUGAAAAAAGGAUAAAAAAAGGGACGCUUGGGCACUGCUUGACUCCCCGCAGGGAACGCAUCAGGGCAGGUCACACACACGCAUUGUCAACUGUAGGGUAGGAUGGUCCGAGUCCCUACAUGUGACGCUAAUCAUUGGAGUACAUAUUGAUGUAGCAGGUGUAAUUAUACAUAAGGGAAAUAAAAAAACAAACUAAAUGGCAUUUCUGUGAUAGAAAAAUAAAAAGAAAGUUAGAAACACAAUUCUUUGGCUUUUAAGCCGUCACCAGGCAGGUGUUUGUCCAAAGUAGUUCAGCCUAAGAAGACGUCGUCAGACCCACCUAAUCAAAUGUAGGGGCGUAAUAUGGCGUUUUGUGUGAAUUGGCUUUAUUCUUCAUAAAGAAAGAACGCAGCAGGCAGCUGAAAAGCAGUGCAGGCAACCAUCCAGUAUGUGUAUACAGUAUACAUGGAGGUGGCAUUUCAGGGAUUAUAGACCCUUCUCGUCCACAUGCCAAAUAGAAAAUGGCACAGGGGUGCAACGCCAACUCAUAAGGCUUCACUUCUGCUAUGGACUCAGGAGCCUUAUGUGGCUUUUUGUGCCAAGUCUGCCCCUUUUGGGUGGGUUGCUCCAACGUUCCUUCUGCAGAAGUCAUGCAGCCUUGUGAACUGGUGGGUUGUGUGACUGUGGGGGGAUUUGGGUAAUGGCAGGAGCUGCUGAGGGGGUGUGUGGCUGGAUACAUAGAUUAUGAAUGACACUAUAAAUUAGGGUGAGGGAGAGAAACUACUUAUGUACAU